AGUGGUCAUGUGGUCGUUGUUGAUUGUAUUGAGUGCUUUUAGCAGUUCCAGAUAAAGCUCUAUUAUCAUACGGCACUGACACAGCACAUCGGCCAUACAAACGUGCAGUUGACCCGCACGUUCCCCGUCAUGCGGCACACGGAUCCCAUCCUUGCUGGACGUUGCUCAAAGUGGAGGGCGGUAAUGGUGCACACGGUGAGGACUGCGGCUCUGCUGUGCGCGGUGGGGCUGUGUGCGUUGAACGCGGCUUUUUCCAUGAAGAUCUGCGCUUUUAACAUUCAGAGCUUUGGAGAAUCCAAGGCGAACAACAAGAAAGUUAUGGGGAUUCUACUGAAGGUACACGUUAUCAGCGCAAUGUCAUCACAAAACUGGACAGUUGAUUUUGGUCUGACUUUCCUUUGCAAGAUUCUUUCCCGAUGCGACUUGUGUCUCAUUCAGGAGGUCCGCGACUCUAAAGGACGAGCAAUACAAGCCUUGGUGAAAGAUCUUAACAGGUUUGACAAAUCCAACACGUAUUCCUACAUUGAAAGUGAGAGGCUUGGAAGGAAAACCUACAAGGAACAGUAUGUCUACGUUUACAGAAACAAUGUGCUGAAGGUGAAGGAGCAGUAUCAAUAUCCAAAACUCGAGGUGCAGGGGACCAAUGACACAGAUGUCUUCUCCAGAGAACCGUUCAUCGUUCGCUUUCACUCCCCUACCACACUGAUGAAGGAUCUCGUCCUCAUUGGCCAGCACACCAGCCCCAAAAGUGCCAUGAAGGAGAUGGACGAGCUGUAUAUUGUGUUCAGGGAGAUCUGCAGGAAGUGGAAGACAGAGAAUGUGAUGAUCUUGGGCGACCUGAACGCCGCCUGCGGCUACGUCACCGUCAAGGGUUGGCGAGCCGUUCGCCUGAGAAGCGACCGGAAAUUUCGGUGGCUGAUCGGAGACGAGCAGGACACGACCGUUCGGGAGAAGACGCGCUGUGCGUACGACAGGAUCAUUGUCCACGGACGUGAGAUUAUUGCCACCAUAGUGCCCGGCUCUGCUCAGCCGUUCAACUUUAAAGAGACUUUCCAUCUGACAGAAGAUGAGGCCCUAGCGGUGAGCGACCAUUUCCCCGUCGAGGUCGACCUGAAGCCAAACCACCAUUAUCUCCUGCGAAGUGAGCUGUAGACCGAGAGGCUAGUUCGAAUCAGCUGUACUUUUAUUUUAUUUUUAUUUUGUUUAGCUUUUUAAUGGAUUAAAAAAUAAAUAAUUAGAAUGUGCCCUGACAAGUGCCGUUUUAUUGAAUGUAUAUUAUUGCUUCCAUGGUAUCGCUUUUGCUCGUCCGCCAAUUAAACAUGAGUACUUGCUCACGCACCACCAAGCAGGUACCAUAACACUCCUUUUCUCCAUUCCUGCAGCACAACACUGAAAUGAAAAUAUUGCAAAACUUGAAGUGUCUUUGAUCAUUUAUUGAUCCUCUCCACUUCCAAAUGCAGGCUACG